CGUCCAGUUAUGUUGUUGUAAAUAUUGUCCUAGGUUACACAGUGAACAUGAAAAUAACCUAGUAGAGUUAAGAAAUAACUAUUACCAAAUACAUCAGAAGCUGUUUUGACAGUAUUUAGAUUACAAGUGAACUAUUCAAAUGUUUAUGCACAAGCUGAAAUAAUAUGAAUAACAUUUUUAUUUCCUGUGGUAGUAUAUAUAUAUUAUGAAUAUUGGUGGUAACAAUGCACACAGCAAUGGCUUGCUUUUCGCUGGAUUCAAUCAAGAUCAAGGAUGUUUUGCAUGUGGUAUGAAUGAUGGUUUCCGUGUGUAUAAUUGUGAUCCUGUAAAGGAGAAGGAAAGGCAGGACUUUAAUGAUUGUGGCAUUGCCCAUGUAGAAAUGUUGUUUCGAUGCAAUUAUUUAGCUUUGGUUGGUGGAGGUAGCAGUCCCAAAUUUCCUCCCAAUGAAGUAAAAAUUUGGGAUGAUCUGACAAAGAAGUGUGUCAUUUCAUUGGAUUUCUCCAGCGAUGUCAAGGGUGUAAAACUUAGGAGGGAUUGGAUUGUGGUUGUGUUGGAUACCAUGAUCAAAGUUUACACCUUUACAAGAAACCCACAACAACUACACGUGUUUGAAACUUGUCCUAACCCGAAAGGUCUAUGUGUUCUGUGUCCAAGUAGCAGUAAUUCCUUGUUGGCGUUUCCAGGUCGAAAGCCUGGCCAUGUGCAAGUCGUAGACCUGUCAAGUACAGAAAAACCACCUAGCGAAAUAGAUGCUCACGAAGCAGUGCUUAGUUGCAUGUCACUAAAUUUAAACGGAACCAGACUCGCCACAGCUUCUGAAAAGGGUACAUUGAUUCGUGUAUUCGACACAGCCACCAAUCAGCAACUUCACGAAUUACGACGAGGGGCUGGAAAUGCGAACAUAUACUGUAUUAACUUUAAUCACGACUCAUCUUUACUCUGCGUAUCAAGUGAUCAUGGAACUGUUCAUAUUUUCGCUGUCGAGGAUCCAAGAAGAAACAAAACGUCCAGCUUGUCAUCAUCGUUACUACCAAAGUACUUUAGUUCGAAGUGGAGCUUUUCCAGAUUUCAAGUUCCCAGCUCGUCACAUUGUAUUUGUGCGUUUGGCGCAGACAAAAACUCCGUCGUUGUGAUAUGUGCUGACGGAAGUUAUUACAAAUUUAUUUUUAACAACAAGGGGGAGUGCACGCGUGACUCGUACCACGACUUUCUUCAAAUGACGGAUAACGAUUAAGCGAUAAUUGCGCGGGAAACUUUCAACGUCUUUGGGACUCGAAUGGAUGGUUGCUAUAUCGAUCUGUUGUGGUUUUUGGCAAUACGCCUUUGGGCUGAAACAGUCAGAUUUUUAAUCAUGUUAACUUGAAUCAGAUAGCAAGUUUGGUUAUCUGUAAUACUUCGGAAAUUGAGGAAGUCCCAGGAUGCAUUCGUUUCUUAAGUGUACACUUUACGCGAAUUGUCUAUCCAUUUUCUAGCUGCUUUAACCUACUUUUCAAUUAGAAAGCGAAGCAUAACUACAAAUAGUCCUCCCUGUUCUAACUGACUACUCCAGGGUAGUGUAGUCAAAUUCCUUUUCUCUGAAUAACACGCUUGCGUUACACCAGAAAGUUCAGAAUAAAAUUUUGCAGAAUAUAUUUUAGCAGAGAUAUGUAAAUAUUUUUUAUAUCUUACCGCAUUUAUUUUAAUUUUUUUUUGUCAUAUCGUAAAUAAAAACUUAAAUAUAACAA